CGCCCACCCACGUGAGCCGGGAGUCGAGUUUUGGCGGGAAGUGGUUCCCGGAUCUGAGUCGCUUCUCCUCAGAGGCUCGAUCCGUCGAUCGGGUUUCAGUGUCACUGCGUGCACACAGCCGCUGAAAGCCCUCCACCCGGCAACGGGCCACCCAGUGAACCUGCUGCAGGGAUGGCCACCAUGAACUGUGAGCUACUGGCCACAUGCAGCGCCUUGGGGUUCCUGGAGGGAGACACCUACCACAAGGAGCCGGACUGCUUGGAGACUGUCAAGGACCUGAUUCGCUUCCUGCGCCGUGAGGAUGACAGCAAGGACAUACGCCAGCAGCUGGGAGAUGCCAUGAUCCUGCAGAACGACCUCGUGCCACUCCUGCUCUACCACCACAACGACCAGGUCCUCUUCCAGGCAAUAAUCAGGUUGUUGGUGAACCUGACUCAGCCAGCGAUCGUGCUGUUUGGAAAGGUCCCUACCGACCCCACCACUCGCCAUCAUUACCUGGCGGUUACCUGCCACCUGCAGGCGUACAAGCAGGCGUUCGCCAACGAGAAGGUAUUCACCGUCCUCAGCGAGACCCUCUACAACUUACUUCAGCUGGAAUGGGAGCAGAGGCAAGAGGAAGACACGCUACUGAUAGAACGUAUGCUCCUGCUUGUCCGAAAUGUCAUGCACGUGCCUCCAGAUCCUACCCUGGAGAAGAACGUGGAUGACGACGCCAGCUUGCACGACCGCGUGCUGUGGGCGCUGCACAUGAGCGGCAUGGACGACCUGCUGCGCUUCCUGUGCAGCGCGCCCAGUGAGCAGCAGUGGUGCAUGCAUGUGCUGGAGAUCGUCUGCCUCAUGUUCCGCAUGCAGACCCCAUCUCAGCUCGUGAGCACGGGCGGAGCGAGGCCGGAACGGGAGAAGGAGGCCGACACCACGGAGCUGGAGCUGCUGCGGCAGAGAGAGCUUGCCGAGAAGCGCAACCGAAUGUGGCACCGGAGCUCCAGGCACUCUCGGUUUGUGGGCACGUACGUGGUCCAAGGUCACAAAUCCAUCAGCGAUAACGACCUGGUGUUUCACCUGGGCGUUCAAAAGCUGGCGGGAUACAGCCACGACAUCGGCAAGGAGCCCCAGCGGAGACCCAAACGGCGCCUGCUGGCGCCCGAGGCCGAAGAGCGACGCCGCUCGGCCAUGAACGUGCGACUCUUCCUGCGCACAUUCUGCAUAGAUUUCCUGGAUGGCUGCUACAACCGCCUCAUGUACAAUGUGAAGGACACACUGCUGCUCGAGAAGGGGCAGCAGAAUGACGAGAGCUACUACAUGUGGGCGCUCGCUUUCUUCAUGGAGUUCAACCGGCUGCGAGGGUUCCGCCCCGAGCUGGUGUCCGAGACAGUGGGUGUGCGCACGUUCCACUUCAUCGAGAAGAACCUCACCAACUGCUACGAGAUGAUGCUCAUGGAGAAGAAGGACGCCCUGCCGUGGUCCCGCAGGAUGCACCUGGCCCUGAAAGCCUACCAGGAGCUCAUCAUGACACUGGAGGAGAUGGACAGGUCCAAGGAGGAGAGCGUGCGGGAGAGCGCCAAGGUCAUUAAGAGCAACCUGUUCUACGUGAUGGAGUACCGCGAGCUGUUCGUGACUCUCUUCCGCAAGUUUGACGAGACGAAGCAGCCGCGCUCGUUUCUGCGCGACCUCGUGGAGACGACGCACACCUUCCUGCGCCUCCUACAGCGCUUCUGCCGCGGCCGCAAAGCCGUGGUCGUGCAGAAGAAGCGAGUGAAGCGCAAAAAGAAGAGCAGAGCGCAGGCACAGCCGUCCAGCAGUGAGAGGAGCCCUGAGGAGUGCGAGGCCCAGUGGCAGCAGCUGUCGCAGCAGCUCAUCGCCUAUGCACAGGGUGCGGAGGCCGUGCCGGACAGCGCGGUGCCGUUUGAUGCGGCGUCGGAGGUUCCUGUGGAGGAGCAGCGUGGGCAAGCCACCGCUCGUAUCCAGGCGGCGCUGCUCGCCGGGCAAGCCGGCACCGCGGUCGGCCUGCUGCGCUCCGCGAGGGAGGUCUGGCCCGAGGGCGAGGUGUUUGGGGCGGUGGGGAUAACCCCGGAGGAUGAGCUGGAACUCCUGCGACAGAUCCAUGCCGCAAAGCUGCCCUCUGCCCUCUCGGCAUCGGUGGUUGAAGACGUACCGGCGGAGGAUGACGUUGGGCCGGAGGAGAUGGAGGAGGAGGAGGAGAACGAGGAGGUGGCGGCCGUGUCCGUCAGCGAGAAGGAAUUCAACUUCACGGAAUACAUUAAGCGGUUCGCGAGCGCACCCGUGAUGAAGGCAUGCAUGUCUCUACUGCGGGGCUACCGUGAGAACAGCACACACACCAACCACUGCAUCGUGGUCAUUCUCCAUCGUGUCACCGUGGGGCUGCACAUGGAGGGGCUCCUCUUCCAGCUCUCCGCGUUCCGCGUCUUCGAGGCCAUACUGGCGGACCCCGCCGCUCACGUGUACCAGGAGCUGUCCAAGUUCGCGUGUCACAUUGUCCGUAAGUUCUUCGAAGUGGCGGCACAGAACAACAAGAGCUUUGUGGAGCUACUGUUCUGGAAGUCGCCGGCCAAUGUGCACGAGAUGACCGAGGGCUACGGAUCGGCUCAUGAUGGAGGUGGCUUGAGCAAAAAGGGCCCACGCUGGACGGAGGAGGAGCAGGCAGAGCUUGACAAGCUGUUUUCAGAGUUCCAGGACCAGAUUGGAGGGAGUCAAGAUAAGGAUGUUGUAGACCACAUCAUGGAGCGCAUCGUGGAUGCAACGAGGACGCGCAAGCAGAUCGUGACCCAGCUGGUGCGGCAGGGUCUGGUCAACUCGUCCAAGGAACUCAAGCGCAGGAAGGGCGCCAAGCUGGUGCUGUGGCGCGAGGAGCAGGAGAUGGAGCUGCAACGUCUCUUCGAGGAAUUCCACGAAUCCGAUGACUUGCUGGACAACAUCGUGCGCAACCUGACAGCCAAGAGGUCGCGCAAGAAGGUGGCGGACAAGCUGCUGAGCAUGGGCCUGGUGUCUGACCGGGCACAGCUGCGCCGGAAACGCCCAUCGAAGAGCUCCGGAAAGUCCUCUGGCAAGGCCAACUCAAACAACAAUGCCGACCCAUGGGGCCAUGACCACGAUCAUCUAGAUGUGGAUUCCGACGACGAGAAAGAAAGCAGCGAGGACGAAGGGAGCAGCGAUGACGAUCAACCUAUCCAGCGAGCCGGGGCAAGGCCCGCCCAGGCAGGGCCCGCCCAGGCAAGGCCCGUCCGCCCCGGGAAGAGUCAGGGAGUCAACCGGAAUGCUCGCAGAAAAUCCCGACCGCUUGUGAAAACCAGCCCUGCUGAGCUGCGCAAGCUGGUGGCGAAGGCUCGCAAAGGAGGGCUGGUGGAGCCGGUACUGUGGCUUGGAAAUUGCCUGAGACGGACGGCCGAUGACCGGGAAGAGGACGGGAUCUCCCUGCCGGUGCCAAUGGUGCCGCUCUCGGAGGAGAACGAGGACGCCAUGGAGAACCGGGUGUUCCGUCGGUUGCUCCGCGCGCUGGGCGUGUGCUCGCCGGCCAAUCACGAAGAGACGUUUUGGAGAAUACCGGCAGAACUGACUCCUGGCCGCUUGCGCGAGAUCUCCGAUUGCCUGAGCGCCCCCACGGAUGAUGAUGGCGAUGAUGACAACGCUGACGUUGGUGGCGGUGACGGCGCCGACAGCGGAGACAAUGACGAAGUCAGUGACGAUUCGGCCGCUGAAGGAGAGGCGCAAGAUGAGAGCUCCGACGAAGAGGAGCUUUCGUGGGGAGCGGCGGCGGACUCUGUGCCGUCCCCCGUACGACGCGGGAUAAACAGCGACACCAGCCGAGUGUCGUCCCCACCCCCGCUGUCCACUCAUGCCCGCGUCCCCGACGAUGACAGCGACAAGGAUGACGAUGACGGGGGACAUGGCGUCAUAUCGCAAAGUGGCGGACGACGUGCCGAGGCCCUGCAGGCCCUCCUGAAGCGGCGCAAACAGAGGGAACCGCGAUCACGCCGUGCAAAGGUGCCAGUAGACAAGGCGCAAAAGAAGAGAAGGAAUCGCAACACCAACUCGGAGGAGGAGGAGGAGCAGAAGAGGGGCAGAGGGGAGAAGCGACCGGCGAAGCGUACCCGUCUGCUGCGCGACAGCGACGACGACGACGACGACAACAACGACACGGAGGCAGCAGCAGCAGCAGGCGUGCUGGUUGAGGGGCCGGGGGCGGAGGCAAUGGAGGACAAGGUGGAAGAUGAGAUGGAGGACUCCCCAGGAAGUCGUCCCGUCGUCACCCGUCUGGACGACUCGAGCUCGGGCGACGAGGCCGUACCGGCGAGACGGCCCAGGCAGCGAGUGAUCAUCGACGAGGAUGAUGACGAGGACGAGUGAGGAGCGAGAUCCUGAUGGCCGAGACGUCGUCGCGUGGUGAUGUCGUGGCAUCGUGACCCGUAGGCUCGUCAUGGUCGUAACGAGGACUUGGAAGAGUGACCCCCCUCCCCGCCCAAGGAACAUCCAAAACAGUUGUGAAGAAGCUUCAUUGGAGUGCAUUUGCUCCUUUCCAUCAUUAUCAUCAGCUGUGAUCAUCCACUGCUGGUUGAAGGCCUGCCCAAGAUGUGCGGUUCGUGGGGGUUGGUUGACCGUAAAUCAUCUGUGCUCCCUUCCAUCGGCCUAAAAAUGCAACUCAAGUGUUACAUUUUUCCACGUUAAAUCCCCACGUGCAUUUUAAGCGUUCGCACGUGCGGUUGAUGGAACUCUUCUGCAACGAGAUACAGUUUUAAAUCUUUUUUUUUUUCAAAAGUUAUUGCUUUUCAAUAAAGUCAAUGAGGUAAUGGAAAUUUUCACCGUGUAUCGGUUUGGUCAUGUAUGAAAUCUGCAUGUUCCCUUCCAGCUGUGCCUACAGCUGGACUACUGCACCGCAUGUGUUUGUUUAAUGGGGUCAUUUUAGGCCAUCAACACCAGCAACUGUUCUCAUCAAGCCAUCGACCAGUCACCAUGCUGCAUUCAUUAUCGUUAAGUCUUUUGCAGCCAACACAAAUAGUCUGCUGGUAUAGCGUUCUUUCUAAUGCAGCUGGAAUUUUCUCAUUUUUCAUUUCAUCAAUUGCUUAAGUGCUUUGCAGCGUUUCACCCGUUGUUGUUGGAGGGUCGUGUGUGGAAAGUUUGGUAAUGUUCAGUUCAACUAAGCCUGUUUUUCGUCUGGAUUAUGUGAAAUUGUCCGUGUUAAUAACUUUACAUGAAUAAAAAAAAUUAUCUUGGUAAUUUUCA